AGCUCACUAUCACGAGGCUAAAACUCAUGUCUAUGAGUCAAAAGUUUCUUCUAUCAUUGCCUUACUUUUCACUUUCACCAUCACUGGCUAAAAGCGUCAAGCUUCCUUUACUUUUUGUUGAAACUUGCUAACGGAGGAAGAAAAUGGAGAUCACCAAACUAAAGCCUGAAUAUGAUCGAACAAGUGAAUUGAAAGCUUUAGAUGAAACAAAAGCUGGUGUUAAAGGACUUGUUGAUGCUGGAGUUAAAGAGGUUCCUUGGAUAUUCCACCAACUUCCAGACCAGUUUGAGAAGAACUCAGUUUCAGGUGGCAUCCAGGUUAGUAUUCCUGUUAUAGACCUUGAGGGAGUGAAGAAAGAUCCAGGUGCUCGUCAGAAGAUUGUUGAGAAAGUUCGGAAUGCAUCAAGAUCAUGGGGAUUCUUCCAAGUUGUGAACCAUGGAAUUCCUCUGAGUGUCCUGGAGGAGAUGAAGGAUGGCGUACGAAGGUUUUUUGAGCAAGAUUUGGAGAUGAAAAAGCAGUUCUACACUCGGGAUUAUACCAAAGGGGUGGCCUACAAUUGCAAUUUUGAUCUGUAUAGUUCACCAGCAGCCAACUGGAAAGAUACACUUUAUAGCUUAAUGGCUCCCAAUCCUCCCGUGCCAGAAGAGUUACCGGAGGUAUCCAGAGACAUAAUGAUGGAGUACUCAAAGCAAGUAAUGCAUUUGGGUUAUUUUUUGUUUGAGUUACUGUCUGAGGCUCUAGGGUUGCAGCCUGAUCAUUUGAAAGACAUGGAUUGUGCUAAAGGGCUGACUAUGCUGUCACAUUAUUACCCCGCAUGUCCACAGCCAGAACUCACUCUGGGUGCAACCAAGCACUCUGACGAUGACUUCCUCACGGUGCUUCUGCAAGACCAUUUUGGUGGCCUCCAAGUUCUUCAUGACAACCAAUGGGUUGAUAUCCCCCCAACUCCUGGAGCCCUAGUGAUUAACAUCGGAGAUCUUCUAAAGGCAAGCCUUUAUUCUUUAUUUUUGUUAGUUUUAUUUAGAUAUGACAAUCCGUCAAGGAGAAACAGAGGAGGCACCGCAGAGAGAAAAAAGUAAAGCUAGAAAA